AUGGCCGACACACAAUUCGACAGCGCUCUCGACCUCCUCCGCCGCCUCUCCCCGCGCGACACCGGCAAGAACUUGCAAUCAAUCACAAACCUCGUGCCCGACCUCACCGAAGACCUCCUCGCCUCCGUCGAUCAACCGCUUGAAGUCCGACGAUGCCUCAAAACUAACCGCGACUACUUGCUAUGCGACUACAACCGCGAUGGAGACAGCUAUCGCUCGCCGUGGAGCAACGAGUUUGAUCCGCCCAUAGAAGAUGGCACGGUGCCCAGUGAGAGGGUACGUAAAUUAGAGGUUGCGGCGAAUGAGGCAUUCGAUGUUUAUCGGGAGCUGUAUUAUGAGGGUGGAGUGGGGAGUGUUUAUUUUUGGGAUUUGGAUGAUGGAUUUGCCGGGGUUGUCUUAUUGAAGAAGGGUGUCACACCCGGUGGAAAGAGCUCUGGAGCGUGGGAUAGCAUUCACGUCUUCGAGGCUACCGACCGUGCUCGCAUGACGCAUUACAAAUUGACCAGCACCGUGAUUCUACAUUUGUCGAAUGAGAGCGAUGCCCUGGGAGAAAUGAAUCUGAGUGGAAACAUGACACGACAAGUCGAGGCUGAUCUGCCGUUUGAGUCUGACGCCAGCCAUGUUGCAAAUGUUGGUCGUCUUGUGGAAGAUAUGGAAUUGAAAAUGAGGAACUUGUUGCAGGAGGUCUACUUUGGAAAAGCCAAGGAUGUUGUUGGGGAUCUUCGAAGCAUCGCUCCUCUUUCAGAGACAAACCAAGAAAGAGCCGCUCAUCGCGAGAUGAUCAACUCUAUGAGCAAGAAAUAA